CAAAAAUGACGUUGCUCAUUUAAACAAACACAUAAAAACGGGAAAUGUUUGAAUUUAUUAAAUUUUUUGGUGUCAAAGUUAGUUAUAAUUCAAAGUUUUGUAUAACAACAUGCAAGUAUUAGUUUUUUAUAUAUUUGUUCAAUUGAUAAAAUUGUUGGUUGCGCUUUCAUCGUGUCCCAAAUCAUGCAGUCAUGUAAUUUGUAUAGGAGAAAAAACUUUAUCAAAUUUUUGCAAAUCUGGAAUGAUAAUGGACUCGUGCAAUUGUUGUCAUGUUUGUGCUAAAGGUGAAAGCGAUACUUGUGGUGGUUAUAUGGACAUUCAAGGAAAAUGUCGAGAAGAGCUUAUUUGCCAAACUAACAAAGAUGGCGUUGGCCGAUGUAUAGCUCAAGUUGUCAAAGUUCCAACGAAAGAUUUUUUUCACAGUACAUUAAGUACGAUUCAAGAAAAACCAACCAUUAAAGAGAAAUGCAAACCAAAGUGUUCUGCCAAAUAUUGUUCCAAAAACCCUAAUUCUAUUUGUUCUGCUCGAAGUUUAAAACUUAAAAAACAAGAAUGUCAAGGUCAUUGUCGACACACUGUAUGCUCAGCUUGUUUUGCAAAAGCCAAAAAAAAUUGUGUCAAAUGUAAACAACAGGAUUAUGAAUGCAUUAAAUCGUUUGCAAACUGCGUACGAAGCAAUGUUGAGAAGAUAUGGGAUCUUUCUUUAGCUAAAAAGAACGGAAGCCAUUUGUUUACUUGCAGUAUACCAGGAUGCUCUUGAUUCUUUAACUUUUUAGCAAAGCUAUCAAAUUUUUUAUAUUUAUUUUCAAUUUAAUUCAUUAUUUAUGUAUAAAGUAUAGAAAGUUCUUAACAUUUUUUUUGUAAUAUAUU